GAGAUGAUCGACUUUGAUUCUGGCACCUUCUUCAAAGACACUCCACGCCCAAUUUGCAGAAGUGCCAAAGAGUGGGCAAAACCUGGCAAGAGGGCGUGUUCCUAAGGCAGUGCAGCCUGGAGCUGAUGGAUGGAGAAUUGCCCUUCUGCACUUCCAAACCAGGGCAAAAAGCUGGGAGCUCUGCAGUGGAACCGACCUAUGCCACUGGAAAAUCCAGUGCAUGACAUUCAACCGGGAGACCGAGUAUAUGUGAAGAACUGGUCCACCCACCCCUUGAAAGAAGCAUGGGACGGCCCACGCCAAGUGAUCCUGACAACCUACACGGCAGUAAAGGUCGAAGGAAUCGACUCAUGGAUCCAUUACACUCGGGUCAAGAAAGUCCCCGCACAAUGGGAGACUCAGUUAGUCUCUCCAACACGGAUGAUUAUUCGCGGAAAGUAGCGUUUCUGAUUAUAUUGUUGCUGGUAAUAACGAAACCAAUUCUUGUUAAUGGUUCUGUUGUAGUUGCAGUUACUGAACCAGUGGUUGGUGUUAUGGACGGAAUGGAUGUGAACCUGACCUGUUAUAUAACCAAUGACCAGAAAACUGAAGUCCGGAAUGUACAGGCAACCUGGAAGAAAGGUGCUGAUUAUCCAGAAGCAAAUAUUGUCACGGUUUGGGAUAAGGAUGCACAGAAAGGAAAUACCACAUUACUACUGAAGCAAGUCAGGCAAGAGGAUAUGGAAAAUUACAUGUGCAUUGUAAAAUCCCGAAAAAGCUUUGAUUAUAAGCAAAUUAAAUUGAGAAUAGUAUCCUGGAAAUUGAGAAAGGACAUUCCAUCCCAGGAAUCCGUAGAGGUGAAACCCUCCUGGACUGUACAAGGUAUGUGGGAUGGACUUCCUUUGAAGGUGAAUUGUUCAUUUGUGUUAAAACAAAAAUGUAAUCAGACAUUGCAAGUUAAAUGGUGGAAAGAAAACACUCAGAAGUCAUGGGACAGAAUAGACCAAGGAAUUAGCUGGUGGGAAGAAUCUGGAAAAGGUAUGGGAUGGUUGAAUAUUAGUAACCCACAAAUUGGCUUUACUGAAGGAAAAUACUUGUGUUUAGUGAUAUGUGAACUUGAUGCUGAUUAUGGAAUAAGAAUAGUAAAAGCUGGACAAAGAACCAGGCCCACUCAUAUGGUAUCCCUAGUAGAAAAGAAGCGCAGAGAGCUGAGAGAUAUAGAAGCAGCUGUACAUCAAAGUCGCGAACAAGAAAAUUUAGUAGUAGGGUUAAUUAGAGAUUUUGGAAUGGUGCAAAACGUAUCCCGAAUUACAGCAUGCUUGCCACUUCCACAAGCGGCAGGAGAACCAAUUCCAUGGGGAAUAAUUCCCAUUCCAUUACUACCUAAAACGGUAGAAAACACAUCUACCGUAUGUCACAUUGAAAGGAAGGAAAGAGAAAUAGUUACCGUCAAAAAGGAAAAUGUAUGGCAUGCAGCACUGUAUGCUGCUAGAGAUGUAAAAGUUAAAACAAAGCAACCUUACCAAGAAGUUACGUGUCAAAAUAUAAGUCAACAACAUGUAAUUUGGGAUGAUUGGAAAGCCGUAUGGGGUCCGAGCUUAUUGGAACAUUACAGCUAUAUUGGAGCAGUGAACUGGUGUAUACAAUGGACAGGAAGUAAAAACCAGACCCUGGUGGAAGUCUAUAAGACAGAAACCUCUACAAGAGAAAUUAAAGAAACUAAAGAAAAUUGGAAUUGUACUAAGGUUAUUACAUGUGAUACCCCAGAAAGUCAGAUCAGUCUAGCUCCUCUUAGAGUACUACUCAAGUGGGGAUGUGAAUGUAGGAAAAUCAAUCAUACAAUUGUAGGAAGAGUAGCCGCACUAAGCAGAAGCGGAAUUAAAAGAGCUGUAAGUUGUAGGGAUACUACAAUUAGAAGUCCAGGAAAUUUGGUUUGGCUGGCCAAGGGCAGCAGCAGGGCUGAAGGGUUCGUGUGGCACAGGCAGCCCGAGCUGUGGAGUCCUCAGGCCCCCGGGGCAGAGGCGGCCCCCAGGAAUAGCACCGGCAACAUCUGGUGCCGAAACCUCGGGAUAACAUCGGGAACCAAUUGCCCGGAUUUCGGGGUUCGCCUGACCAAGACCCAGCAACUGCACCGCUGGCGAGUGCAGUGA